UUCAUGUGUCGAAGCAGGAGCUCGUAGCUUCAGAUAGUAAGGUUAUUUAUCAGUUUUAUAGAAGUUUUAGAGCCUUGUUGACGAAGACAGCCACAUCAUCAUGUCGAAGCUGACCCUCCUGGUCCUCUAUGGGAGUCAGACCGGCACGGCUCAGGAUACAGCUCAGAGGAUCGGCCGUCAGGCUCAGAGACGGAGGAUGAAGGUUCAGGUUCUUCCUCUGGACGGCUACAACAUGGCCAGCCUGAUCUCAGAGUCUUUGGUCGUCUUCGUGUGCGCCACCACGGGACAAGGAGACCCUCCAGACAACAUGAAGAACUUCUGGAGGUUUCUGUUCAGGAAGUCGUUACCUGCUGGUUCUCUGAGCCGUCUGGACUGUGCUGUUCUUGGUCUGGGAGAUUCUUCAUAUCCAAAGUUUAAUUUUGUAGCAAAGAAGCUUCAUAAACGCCUCCUGCAGCUUGGAGCGAACGCGCUGAUGCCGGCUGGACUGGCAGACGACCAGCACGACCUCGGGUCAGACGCUGUGAUCGAUCCGUGGCUCUUGUCCUUCUGGGAGAAAGUCUUCUCUCUCUAUCCAUCUUUAUCUGAUGAGAUCCCUCUGAGAGAGGAUGAGCCACUCCCUCCGUCGUACACGUUCCACUUCCUGGACGAUGUGAAUGAGAGGACGGAUGACAGGCUGCAGAGUCCUGACGUCUCCUCUCAGUCUUGUCCAUUUCCCAGCAGACUCGUGUCCAACAGACGAGUCACAGACGAUUCGCACUUUCAGGAAGUGAGGCUCAUCGAAUUUGAUAUCAGCGGAUCAAACAUUGAGUUUUCUGCUGGUGACGUGGUGAUGAUGCAUCCUCAUAACUCACCAGAAGACGUCGAUCAGUUCUGUCAGCUGCUGCGGUUAAAUCCAGACGAUAAAUUCAUCCUCAGAGCCACAGACAGCCUGGCAGUUCCAGCCAGGCUUCCUCAGCCAUGCUCUGUGUGCCACCUGGUGGAGAGAUACCUGGAUAUCGCCGCUGUGCCGCGCCGCUCUUUCUUCGAGCUUCUAUCCACCUUCUCCACCAACGAGCUGGAGCGAGAGAAGCUGCAGGAGUUCAGUUCGGCGGCUGGGCAGGACGAUCUGCAUGGGUACUGCAACCAACCACGGCGCACCGCGCUGGAGGUGUUGGCAGAUUUCCCUCACACCACAGCGGAACUCAAAGUUGACUAUCUGCUUGAUCUGUUCCCUGAGAUUCAGCCUCGCUCCUUCUCCAUCGCCUCCUCUCUGCUGGCUCAUCCAAACAGACUUCAGAUCCUCGUCGCUGUAGUUCGAUAUAAAACCAAAAUGUUUAAACCACGAAGAGGACUCUGCUCCACCUGGUUAGCCUCCCUGGACCCUGAAAAAGGUGAUGUGGUUGUUCCUCUGUGGGUGAAGAAAGGCAGUUUAAAGUUCCCUAAAGACCCGAAUACACCGGUGAUCAUGGUGGGACCGGGGACCGGCGUGGCCCCAUUCAGGUCAGCUCUACAAGAGAGGAACGCCGAGGGGAAACACGGUAACGUCCUGUUCUUCGGCUGUCGCUCCGAAUUUAGAGAUUUCUACUUUAGGUCGGAGUGGGAGGAGAUGAUGAAGGAGGCACACCUGACGCUUUUCACUGCCUUUUCAAGAGACCAGGAAGAGAAAGUUUACGUGCAGCACCGAGUGAAGGAGAACGCAGAGCUUCUGUGGGACCUGAUCGCCAAUAAAAGCGCCUGUUUUUACAUCGCUGGUAAUGCCAAACAGAUGCCCAGCAGCGUGUGUGAUGCUCUGAAGGAGGUGUUCCAGCAGGAAGGGGGCAUGUCCUCCGAGGACGCCGAGCAGAUGUUGGACGUCAUGGAGAAGACGGGACGCUUCCAGAGCGAGACCUGGUCCUGAAACCUUCCACUGUUUAAAAUCCAGAAGACCUGCUGCUGUGCUGAGGGUAUAAUCUGAUCAGAGUAUAUUCAUCAGUCUUCAUGGUUUUAUAUCCAGGUGUGGGAGAAGAUGUCUGAAAUAUCAUCUAAAGGCAGAGAAACGUGAAGCUUAGUCUCUGUUUAAUGACUUUCACAAUGUCCCUAAAAAUAAGGGAAAUUCAACUUAAAUUAUUUAAUUUCAUACAUCAGCUUUAGUCUUCAUGGAAAAAGUCAAACUUAAAUUUUGCCUUAUCAAAGUAACAAAUGCCAUCUUCUCUGCCAAACCUCCUUUUUUAUUUACUUGUGCAUAUUUCACUUUACCGUUAAGAGCUUUUAAACCAGGGGUGUCCAAACUUUUUCCAACGAGGGCCACAUACAGAAUAUAGAUUGUCGUUUAUUGUCACUGCAUUGUAAAAACGCAACAAAAUUACGUUUGGCAGUCUUUGUAGCAGCAAACACAGUGGUCCAAGUGGUGGUUAGAAAUCCGCAGCCAUCACGUCAUCAUCAAAUAUAUAAGGACGUUUGGGCCACAUGACAAGGUAUAUGACAUUGAACAAGUCAGAAGCAGAAUAAAGGAGGAGCUAGAGUGGAGGAGGGUUGCAAGAGCAGGUUACAGAAAGAGCAGCACAGUGUGGCCAGAUGAGAGCAGUUUUAAAAAGACAGCAUGAGGGCAAUUAGCCAAUCACGUGCUAAGAGCAAAUCAGCUGGCCAUCAGCUGAUGAGAGCUUGCGUUAGAUCAGCUGACUGCUAAAUGCUCAAUCUAAUGGCUGACUAGGCAAAUCAUAUCCAGGUCUUUGAUGGGGCCAAUCAGAUUUCAGUGGGCCUUUUUUGGCCCUAGCUGCCACUGGCUCCACCCCUUGAAUAUUAUUGGUCCUGCUGUCUGUUGCCAAAACUCAUCAGGGAGUUAGAAACAAGAUAUUAUUAUUUUGAUUGCCAGUAUUUUUACCAUGCACUGUAAUGUCUCAGUUCAGUCACAAAAACAUCAAAUUCUUCCUGCAUGGUAGCACCAUCUAGUGUUGAAACUAUGAAGCACAAUACAUGCAAGCACGAGCUUCAAGUUCCAAUGUGGACCGUGUUUCAUUUUGUUUCUACAAUUUGCUGUGGGCCAGUCAAAAAUGGACAUGGGAUAUGGUUUGGGCAUCCCUGUUUUAAACAGACAGAAAUUAAUGUAUUGAACAAUUUCAGAGUGUCAAAGCCACACAGAGGCCUUCAUCAGAAUACCUCAUAUAUACCGACAGAUCUCAUGUCUUUUGUUUUAUGGUUUAGCAAAAUUAAUAUUUGACUCCAAAAAUUCCAAAUAAACAUCCUUCAUGGACUAGAUUAUGAUUUUCACAUAAAAUUUAUAACAAACUGGCCUUAAUAAGGGCAUUCUUGUUGUAUUUAUGCAGCUCUUGGUUUUAUACAACUUCCAGGUAAAAGAUAAAAAAUGUUAAAUGUUUUAUAAACAAGGUAACACUGCAUUACGUAAGAGUGAAGUAGUGACUGAUCGCUAACACGGUCAUUGUUCAUAUUAUUUGAAUCCCAUGCAAUGUUUAAACCAAUCAUGACACAGUAUAAAUGUGACUGAGUGUAUAAAUAUGAUAAUAAAAUAAUCAAAACAUA